CGUGGUAGCGAGGCGCCGUGUUAGUGUGUGUUAGUGUGUGUUUGUGUGUCUCUGCGUCUCCACAUAAAGACAACCCGGCUGUUUCUAGUGCCUUUUCUUUUCUUUUUUUUCCUUUCUCCAGCGGAUUCACCGUCGAGAGGCGUAGCUCGUCGUCGUCGGCGGCAAUGGCGGUUCCCGCGGGCCAGGCGGACAGGGGCGCCCCGAGCGGCCCCGCGGUUUCCCCCGCGAGCGACAUCGACAUCGACGAGAGCGAGUUGGACAAAAUCACAAAGGAACACCGAGAGGACGCGACGCUGCCCCUGCACUCGCCCUGGACCUUCUGGCUGGACAGGUCAUUACCAGGCACGACGGCUGCAGAAUGUGAAUCCAAUCUGAAGAAGAUCUACACGGUACAAAGUGUUCAGAUGUUCUGGAGUGUGUACAACAACAUCCCUCCAGCCUUGGCCCUGCCUCUGAGGUGUAGCUAUCACUUAAUGCGCGGGGAAAGGAGGCCACUGUGGGAAGAAGAAAGCAAUGCAAAAGGAGGAGUAUGGAAGAUGAAAAUACCAAAAGAAAGCACUUCUCUAGUUUGGAAAGAAUUGUUACUUGCCACUAUUGGGGAGCAGUUUGCAGAUUACUGUUCCUCAGAUGAUGAGGUUGUUGGCGUCAGUGUUAGUGUUCGCGAUCGGGAAGAUGUCGUACAAAUCUGGAAUAAAGACGCAACUCUGGCUACCGAAGCAAAUAUCUUGGCAAAAGUCUAUGAACUCUUGCCGCAUAUAACUUUUAAAGCUGUUUUUUAUAAGUCUCACAUGGAACAUCAUGCCUUUGAGGGAGGACGCUCAAGAAGACAUUAGAUUGUAAUGCACAAUUUUAAUUUUAAUUUUAAAACAACAUCAAGCCUGAACUCUGUCCCUGCCUAGACGUAAAGGCUCUGUCCCCCAACCCAAUCAAGGAUCCUAUUUUGCAUUCAACGAGGACAAUAUCGAUAUAUUUUUUUAUAACUUUUAUUGACUGAUGCCUUGUUUCAUUUUGACGUGGCCCCUAAAGCUGUGAGAUCUUCAGAGAAUGUGUGUAUCCAGCGGGAAAAAACCAAACUCAUCCGGAGUUCAUUAGUUGAUGUUGGUUUAGACUUCCUCCUCUAAUGAACUGCACUGCCAUGGUCCUGCUCUCUUGGCAGGCUGUGGACCUCACAAUGUGUCCCUGGUAUAGAGGCAGCAGCUACAUAACCUAGUACCUUUUAACUGUUCGAUAUGUUAGAUAUAUCUGUUUAUAGAAGUCAGCUUAUUCAGUGCCAAAUCACCUUUUUGAUGUCCUAGUGUUGAAAGUGUUUUUUUUAUUGAGCUGACGUUCGUCUGAGGAUGAUUGUCCCGUUCAGUUUUGUGACUCUUCACCGACUACGUUGAACUUAAAUCACGCUUUGAAAUAUUGCAGACGACUGCCUAUCCCCGUCACAGCGUCCCUCGGUUACGAAGCCAUCAUAGGGAAUCACGACAUGUUCCAGCACAGAUAUGGCCCAGAGAAACUUAAGAUCUGGUUUCGAAGAUAUUAUUUUCUUUUUAGUUAAAGGGCAACAUCCGUCGUGAAAGGUGCCUCUUUGAAUGUUCCCAGCCGCACUGCAUUUGACAUUUCUUUGAGUGCUCGUGUUGAAAGCAGACCCUCUGUUCUCCCACAGAGAGUCACGCCGUGUCUGGUGUAUCACUCUGUCGAGAUAACUGCACUUUUUAUUUUGCUCAAAUAGCCGUGCACCUCUAGCACUUGUUGAUACCCGUUUCCCCUACCAAUAAAUCAAGGGUGCCUAUUGGGCCGCGUCCUCGCAGCCAUAGAUCACUGAGAAGAAUGCAGCUUUUUAUGUUUUGUUUUUUUUUCUUAAGGGAGCAACACUGGGUCAUGGUAAUCCCCUAUUUAAGAUUAUAUGUUGAUGCGAUAUGUCGAAUGUUAUCAUCAUCAAAAAAAAAAAUCAAAUAAGAGAUGAAGCAAUAGUCAUUGAGUCAGUGUAGAGAUUGCUGCUUGAAAAGAAAGUACACGUUUCACUCACCUCACGUGAUCGAUCGAUCGUGUCGUUACUGACGAUCACCACCAUUUUAACAGAGAAAGCACAAAUGCAUUUUUUUAACAAUCUGUGUAUUUUUUUUUUAAGGUAAUUUCACCACGCAGUCUAAGUUACCUUCACUAACACAGUUAACACACAGUUACUAUUUCUACUGCUUUAUUCCAGCGCAGGCUACAGUAAACUGAAUGCCUCUGGUGUUAUUGUAUUUCGCACCACUUUUAUAGCUCAACGUUGAUGACUUAGUUAUGAGACAUUUCCUUUGUAAACAUGAUUUUUUUUAAAUUUUUGCAGUGACAUGGACAAAGUGAAUAAAAUGUUAAUUAAAAGUAAA